AUGCGAUCCGCUUUCCUUCUAGCCAUCGUCACGCUCGCCUCGUUCAGCGUCAUCUCGACUGCUGCUAUCCAGAAUGAGCCAACGACCCCAGUCCCUGCAACGAAGCUGCGUACCAUUACCGACGUCCCAACCCCGCCCCAGACACCAGGACUUGCAGAUGGAAAACGUCGUCUGGGCAUCUUCGACUUCCUUUUCCCCAAGAGCACCCCCGCGCCGCCGCGGACGCCUCACCCG